CGCGGUGAAGUACACAUGCACAUCGUUCCUGUACUGUACUUCACAACCAACUUCAGCAGAGUAAACUAUUGAGAUUUUGAAAGGAAACCACGGACGCCGAAAAGUUGUUAAACCUUUACAGGAACUUUUCACUGGUGAAGCCAACGCUGGAAUGGACGAUUUAGAUGCUUUGUUGGCGGACCUGGAAUCCACGACAUCCCACAUUUCCAAGCGUCCUGUGUUCCUGUCUGAGGAAACCCCCUACUCUUUCCCCACUGGGGGAAACUCCUACCAGGAUGUGUCAGUCCCUCCCCCGGUGCCGCCCCCUCCCUCCGCUGAGGCUCUGAAUGGCUCUGUGAUUGACUCCCUCCACUCCUCCCAACAGUCCUUGGGUUCAGCUCCAAAGAGCUCAUGGUCCAGGGACAGUAGCAGCCCGCCCCGGUCCCACAUUGAAGAGGACCACGUGUACAGUUUCCCCAACAAACAGAAGUCUGCUGACCCAUCUGCGGGAGCCAUGAGCUCCGCGCUAGGCAGUAACCUGUCAGAGCUGGACAGGCUGCUCCUGGAGCUCAAUGCUGUCCAGCAGAACUCUCCCUCUUUCCCCACCACAGAGGAAACCGCCCCACCCCUGCCAUCCUGCAGCAUUACCAACUAUGUGCAGCAGAACGGGGGGCCCCCUGACAUCAUGGUGAGCCCUCCCGUUCAGGAGAAGCCCAAACAGAAUGGGACCAGGGUGGUGGAGGAUGGCCGGCCCACAGUGGAGAGUCUGCUGGAUGAGCUGGAGGGUUCUGUACCCAAUCCCAGCCCCUCUGUUCUUCACAGUGAGCUGGACUCUCCCUCUCAGCAGCAGGCCAGAAUCUCCGCAUCCUGUGCUACACGCGAGCUUGACGAGCUCAUGGCCUCCCUGUCCGACUUCAAGAUGGCCCAGGGGAAAGGUGGCCCUGGAGGCCCCACAACGCAGGUCAACAAGCUGGACAACAUGCUCGGCAGCCUGCAGUCUGACCUCCAUAAACUGGGUGUGCAGACCGUUGCCAAGGGAGUGUGUGGGGCCUGCUGUAAACCAAUCGUGGGACAGGUGGUGACUGCCAUGGGGCGCACAUGGCACCCAGAGCACUUUGUGUGUACCCACUGUCAGGAGGAGAUAGGAUCCAGAAACUUCUUUGAGCGUGACGGAGCGCCCUACUGCGAGAAGGACUACCACAACCUGUUCUCCCCACGCUGCCACUACUGCAACGGACCUAUUCUGGAUAAAGUUGUGACUGCGUUGGACAGGACAUGGCAUCCUGAGCACUUCUUCUGUGCUCAGUGUGGAUCAUUCUUUGGCCCAGAGGGCUUCCAUGAGAAGGAUGGGAAGGCGUACUGUAGGAAGGACUACUUUGACAUGUUUGCGCCUAAAUGUGGUGGCUGUGCCCGAGCCAUCCUGGAGAACUACAUCUCUGCACUGAACUCCCUUUGGCAUCCAGAGUGCUUUGUCUGCAGGGAGUGCUUCACCCCAUUUGUGAACGGGAGUUUCUUUGAGCAUGAUGGGCAGCCCUACUGUGAGGUUCACUACCACGAGCGCCGCGGGUCCCUCUGCUCUGGCUGCCAGAAGCCCAUCACGGGCCGCUGCAUCACAGCCAUGGCCAAGAAGUUCCACCCUGAGCACUUUGUCUGUGCCUUCUGCCUCAAGCAGCUCAACAAGGGCACCUUCAAGGAGCAGAAUGACAAGCCCUACUGCCAGGGCUGCUUUGUGAAACUCUUCAGUUAAGGAGUAGAUUGUCUAUGCCUGGAGAUUUGUUUGUGUGUGUAUGGGGGAAGUGUCUGUGUAGCUCAGGUAGUGUGUGUGCGAAUCAGAUUGAGUUUGUUUGAGUGCCUUUUCUGUACUCUGGUGUGUGUGUGCGGAGUUCCAGCAUUCUUCUAGCAGCCACUGAAGUGUUAUGGACAUCCAUAUCAGGUCUAGGCCUGUCUGCUCUCUCUGAUGCUCAGACUAUCGUAUGAUUUCAAGCCCAAAUAGUUUUGCUUUUGCAAGGAAUAUACGUACAUGGACUAGAGUUUGAGGUUGCUGCUCACUGGUUGAGUGUGCCUUCUGAAACCAUUUGAAAGGUGUCAUGUUAGAGGGAGCAGUUGACCUGUUGUGUUUUUUUAAUCAUUUGUAUUUGUUUUUUUCAACUGCUCAAGCAAAUGCCUUGGUGAUAUUUCUUUAUCUUUUUCUGUCUGAGUAACUGAGAACAGAUGGUUAAAAUUGUCAUUGUAGCAUUGACUGGAAAUAGGGUGUGGGUCAGUCAUUAUUUUAGUACUUGUGACGCAGACAGUUGCGUCAUCAGACCCCUUCAGCCUUGUGACGCACAAUCAUUAAAACCCCCAAAGAAGCAUUUGUUGCCUUUGACAAACAUACUAAUGCUGACAUGUUACACUUUUGAUUGUAUGUAUUUGAACGUUUCUAUAAAAUGUAUGUGAGAUUAAUUUACAAUAUAUUUGACUCCCUUUUAAUGUUUGGAAAAAUAGGAGUUUCAUAAUACAACAGAUGGGUAAUAUUGUAACUUUGUCACCGCCAAUGCCUACCCAGUCCUUUUUAGAGCUUAAACCUUAGCUGGACUGGUUUAGGAGUUGUCUUCUGUUCAGAAAGGGCUCAUGCAGUAUAAAAGAGCAUGCCAUGAUCAACAUUAGAAUGUAUUCUGCAUAUAGGAGACAGUUACAUUUUACUGUGAGAAUAUUGUGUACAUUGUAUACAAAGUGCUGGUCAGUUAAUAUUUUUCAUAACCACUCGUUAAGAGAAAUCCCCUAAGACAUUUCAUAGCAGAGAUACUUUUAAACGUUUAUCCUUAAAGUUACUGUGCAUUGUAUUCCACUUUUUAAUUAUAUAAAUAGUGCACAAGGUGAAGCCCUGAUGUAAGUACACACUGCUUAAAUGCCAACAAUACUGUAUGCAACUGUAAACAUUGUAUGGUGAACUCAACAACCCCUUGAUUCUAUCCAAGUUACACUUUCAAGGAAUAUGCCUAUUUUUGUGCCAAUAUAUCAAUGCAAUGUGUUUUACACUGGGGAGACCAGCAAGGAAGCCUACUGUUUAUAGACUGUGAUUCCUGGACUCUCUCUUCAGAGCUCUGUCAGUGAGUCUACUGGAUAAUAUGUUGAUAUUGGUCUGAGUGUAACUCUCUAAAGCUAUGGAGGAAAUGGCUUAUUUAGAGAAGCAUCUGAGUUGCAUCUACUGUACACCAGCUGGGUUUGUGGGCUUGUAGUUUUAUCAUGUAAUGGUUGCAUUACAUCAUUUUAUUGGACCUGAAUCUUGUUCAGGGAUUUACACCCAGAGCAUUUCUGUUUUUAUUUAGAAAAUCAUUUAGCCAAUUGUCUACACAUAAUUAUUGUAGAAGGCUAUUAUUUAAUCAAAGCAAAUGUUUUUUUCUCCUUUCAUUUUUGAAUGUCACAGUACUGAAUACUGAUCCAACUCAUUUCAUAUAGGCUAUACUGAAAUAAAAUCUGUUUUUGGUACCAAA